AUGGAUGCAGAAAAUGCAAGACUAAGAAAGAAAUUAAACAGUUUAGAAGAAGAUUAUAAGAGAUUACAAGAUCACAUAUCUCAUAUAGAGUUAAAGUAUCAAGCUGCUCUAAUAAAAGAAGGAGGGGAUAUUGAUGAAAUAGAUGAAGACUAUAGACCUAGUGAAGAUAAAUUAUCUACCAAAUUAUUAAGAACUGUUUCUGAUCUUUUUAACAAUAGACUUUAUAGUGAUAUUAAGAUGAAACUAGAAGAUGGAAGUAUUAUGUAUGGUCAUAAAGUGAUAUUAGCUUCUAGAUCUAAACAUUGGGGUGUGUAUGAUCUAAAUGAAGUAAAUACUUUAGAUUUUACUAAUAUAAGUUAUGAAGUGAUACAUGAUAUUAUGAAGUGGGUAUAUACAGAUGAUAUUGAUUUAUUUGAAUAUAAAGAAGACUUUUUAACUGAACUUUUGGAAGUAACUCUGAGAUUUCAGCUAAUGUCAUUAGAUAUAAGAUGUCAGAAAGCUUUGAUAUCACUAAUAGAUAAAAAUAAUUGUCAAAAGUUUAUGACAUUGUCAAAUGAAUUAUGUGCUGAUCUUCUGAAAAAGUUCUGUAAGGAAUUUAUGUCCCAGGCACAGAUAGAAGAUAUUUCUGGUGUUGAUGAAUUACAGUUUGAAGAAGACAGCAUGUCUGACGAAGAAUCACUUGAAUCAGACAACACUUCACCUGUUUCUGACAACAACUCUCUUCAUACAGACAACAACUCUCUUCAUACAGACAACAACUCUCUUCAUACAGACAACACUCUUCAUACAGACAACAACUCUCUUCAUACAGACAACAACUCUCUUCAUACAGACAACAACUCUCUUCAUACAGACAGCACUCUGCAUACAGACAACAACUCUCUUCAUACAGACAACAACUCUCUUCAAACAGACAGCACUCUGCAUACAGACAACAACUCUCUUCAUACAGACAACACUGCAACAGACAAGUCUCCUGAUGGAAGCAACACUUCACCUGAUACAGUUGGGGCAGACAAUACUUUACCUGAUAUUGAUAAAGACAACAAUCUUCUUGAUGCUGACAGUACUUUAGCUGAAACAAAUGACAAGAUACCUGAUGCAGGCAACACUGCCUUCAAAUCUGACAACACCUCUGUUGAAAUUGAGAAUGAGGCUAAUGAUAAUGGAGUUGAGGCUAUUGAAGAAGUGGUAGAAAUAGAUGGAGAAAUCAGCCUUGAAUAUUUACCACAAGCCUUCAUUGACACAUGUAACACCAUGAAUGGCAUUGGCACCUCUAAAGAGGCUUUAAAACCUGAUUCUGUCUCACUUUUAGAAAAUGGCACGGGACAGGAGCAAAAGUUAGAAAAGCAAGUUGAGACAAUGAAAGUUUCUGCUGAAGUGAAACAUGAAGAUGUCA